AUGGAGGUAGGAAAUGUAAAAUUUCUGGAUUCUCUCAAUUAUUUCCCUAUGCCUCUAACUGCUCUACCCAAGGAGUUUGAUUUGAAAGAGCUAAAGAAAGGAUACUUUCCACAUUUAUUCAACACUUUGGCUCAUCAGAAUUAUGUAGGCCCAAUUCCAGCGCUCAACUUCUACGAUCCCGACCAUUUAAAAGAAGACGCUCGGGAAAAAUUAUUAAAAUGGCAUGGCGAAAGACAAGCGGAGGGAUACGUUUUUGAUUUUCAGAAAGAAAUCGUUGAAUACUGUAUCUCCGACGUGGAAAUAUUGACACAGGCGUGUCUCAAAUUUCGAGACCUGAUGAAAACCGAAACCACAGUCGAUCCCUUCCAGGAAAGCACCACUAUUGCAUCAUGCUGUAACAAAGUCUUUAGACGCAAUUUUUUAAAACCUGAGACGAUCGGGUACGGUACAGCAUACUGCCUAAAAUGUCAAAAACACUUCUGCUUUUGUCCAGAGUCCAUCAAUUAUCACAUACUUUCAGAAGAAGAAGAAGAAGAAGACAACUCUCUGAUUUGCUCCGAAUCAAUAGAAUCUACUCCAUCUCCGGAGGCACCUGCAUCAACGGCACCCGGACCAUCCACCACCACCACCACCACCACCACCACCAAAAACAUACAACAAAAACAAAGUUACCAUUGCAAUAAAAGGGAAAAAGCGUCAGCCCUACCAAACCAACCAACAAAAAACAUAACUAUACAGGUGAUCACCAGGUACAACUGGAGCUGGCGCUUAGCGAAAGGGUCGCUGCUGAUUUUUUUUUUCAGGCAUAUAAUUGAGGGAAGGUUUAUUAAGCCUGAAACCAAAAUGAGGGGAAUGACGCUGAUCAAGAAUAAAACUAUAGAAACGGACCAAGGCGCAAAUACUGAUGAGCUUUUGCAUUACAUACUAGUACAUAAGUCCGUUAGGAAAGAAUGA